AUGUCAUCAGCUAUUAAAUUAGACUCUCUUGUCAACUCAUUGGUUGAAUCCGCAGCACCAACAGAAUUGCCUUACGUAAGUAAGGAUUUGUCCAUCUUGUUAUCAGGUAGUAAUUCCUCGACGGUGGUUGAUUCGAUUGAAGAAUUUGUUAAUGAGAAAGCAGCGGUCUUUUCUUCUGCAUACAUCGCGUCCAAACACAAUAAAGACUCCAGCUCAUCGAAGUAUAUCGAUUUUAUUAGCAAAAAGAAAUUCAACAUCGAUAUCAAUACGCAAAGAGCAAUUGACUUUGAACCAUUUUCACCGCUUGUAGAGUAUCCGGAAUACUAUAACGAUUUGGUUGAGAAGUUAGGUCAGUAUGGUGAAGAUCACUACCCUUCUACAUUUGUUUUCACGGUUGUUCCAAAGAGCUCAGAUGAGGUGGAAAUUAUCAUUAUUGGACAACGUUUGAACCACGAAAACUUCUUUACUGGUCAAUGGAAAUCGAUCUACACUAUUUCGAACACGUCAAUAAGUGGAGAAGUCUCCUUGGAUAUUCAUUACUAUGAAGAUGGUAACGUUCGCUUGAAUUUCAAUAAAGCUGUUAAAGAAAACUUGAGUUCUGCAAACGCAAGUGCAAUUAUCAAUGCUAUAAACGAUUUGGAAAACAAGAUCACUAUGCAAAUAGUGGAAAACUUUAAUGACUUAAAUCAAAAGUACUUCAAGAACUUAAGAAGAUUAUUGCCAGUGACAAGAUCAAAGAUAAACUGGGGUAGUGCAAUUGGUAACUAUAGGUUAGGAUCUGAUGUCGUUCACAAAAAGUAG